UCCUAGUUUAAAAUGGUGCUUUUUAAAGAUAGAUAGUCAAAAACCUGGUUAGUGUAUUUAACAGAAGAAUUUCACGAAGAUAGCCUGAAGAAACGCUUUUUAAUUAUACCCAAAGAGUUUUCUUUGAACGUUUUGAUUUUAAGAAGUUAAAAGUCAACAGUCUCCAAGAAUUGCAGAGCUUACCAGAGCAGAAAGGGAAGAUAUUUCACAAUAGUCUGUACACAGAUGGCUAUACCUGUAGAUUAUCUUUCUGUCGCAAAAAUUAUCUUGGCUCAAUUACGGAUAAGGUUUCGCUUAAGUUGCAUAGCUUUACAAACGAAGAGGUUAAUCAUUAUUUUCGCCCUUGCACUGUUGAUCCCAACAGAAAGGAUGUAUUUACGUCAUACCAUGGUGCUAAUGACAUAAGGCGCUUAUCAUCAGCUGAAUAUUACGAUAUGAAUGGUAAUAUUAAUCAUCAAAAUCAAGAACAAGAGAACAAGAGAAGAUUUGAAUAUUGAGCAAAUUGAAACUAGUAUACCUUCUCCAAAAACUGCAAGUCUGGAACGUUACAGUGUAUAUAUAUCAUACAUGUUACAGAAUUUUGAUACACUUUCAAGUUUUUAUAAUUUCUACACUGCGAGACUAAGAUGGUGUAAUCACUUUGGGUCUUAGCGAGCAAUAGAAAAUGCUGUCAAUAUUUUGAUCAAUGGAUCAAAAAAAUAUAAUAAAAAUAGAAGAACACAAGAAGGAAUAGACGGAAGAGAAAAAAGACUUCGACUAGAUACCAAAGCAGCCAAUCCGAUUCCCAUCCUACAAAAUUGGGAACAAAAAAUUAAGGUACAACACACAUUCUUUUUAUUUUACUUCUGAAGCAUUAACCAUUUUUAUAUCUUUUUUGAAAGAAACUAUAAAGAGAAAUUUGAGAAAGGUGACCGCAAAAAAAUGCCUAUGGUUGUAUUUGGCGAAGGGUUUAAAAAACAAGUCUCAAGUGAAAUUCAAAGGUUUAAGACAUGGUGUUGUUAAAAAACUAUACCGACAGUUAAAGUUGAGAGAAAAGCUCGGUGAGCUAUUACUUUUGGGCAUUGAU